AUGUCACUACAAAUGGUAACAGUCGAUAAUAACAUAGCCUUAAUUCAACCAGGCUUCUCAUUAAUGAAUUUUGAUGGGCAAGUUUUCUUCUUUGGCCAAAAAGGCUGGCCCAAAAGGUCCUGCCCCACUGGAGUUUUCCAUUUUGAUAUAAAGCAUAACCAUCUCAAACUGAAGCCUGCAGUUUUCUCUAAGGACUCCUGUUACCUUCCUCCUCUUCGUUACCCAGCCACUUGCACAUUCAAAGGCAACUUAGAGUCUGAAAAGCAUCAGUACAUCAUCCAUGGAGGGAAAACACCAAACAAUGAGCUUUCAGAUAAGAUCUAUAUCAUGUCUGUUGUUUGCAAGAACAACAAAAAAGUUACUUUUCGCUGCACAGAGAAAGACUUGGUAGGAGAUGUUCCUGAAGGCAGGUAUGGUCAUUCCAUUGAUGUGGUGUAUAGUCGCGGAAAAAGUGUGGGUGUUCUCUUUGGAGGACGGUCAUACAUACCUUCCGCCCAAAGAACCACAGAAAAAUGGAACAGUGUAGCUGACUGCCUGCCCCAUGUUUUCUUGGUGGAUUUUGAAUUUGGGUGCUCUACAUCAUACAUUCUUCCAGAACUUCAGGAUGGGCUAUCUUUUCACGUCUCCAUUGCCAGAAAUGAUACCAUUUAUAUUUUAGGAGGCCAUUCACUUGCCAAUAACAUCCGCCCUGCCAACCUAUACAGAAUAAGGGUUGAUCUCCCUCUGGGUAGCCCAGCUGUGAAUUGCACAGUCAUGCCAGGAGGAAUCUCUGUCUCCAGUGCAAUCCUGACUCAAAUAAGCAAUGAUGAAUUUGUUAUCGUUGGUGGCUAUCAGCUUGAAAAUCAAAAAAGAAUGGUCUGCAACAUCAUCUCUUUUGAGGACAACAAGAUGGAAAUUCGUGAGAUGGAAACCCCAGAUUGGACCCCAGAUAUUAAGCACAGCAAGAUAUGGUUUGGAAGCAACAUGGGAAAUGGAACUAUUUUCCUCGGCAUACCAGGAGACAAUAAACAGGUUGUUUCAGAAGCAUUCUAUUUCUAUACGUUGAAAUGUGCUGAAGACGAUGUGAAUGAAGAUCAGAAAACAUUCACAAAUAGUCAGACAUCAACAGAAGACCCAGGGGACUCCACUCCCUUUGAAGACUCAGAAGAAUUUUGUUUCAGUGCAGAAGCAAAUAGUUUUGAUGGUGAUGAUGAAUUUGACACCUAUAAUGAAGAUGAUGAGGAAGAUGAGUCUGAAACGGGCUAUUGGAUUACAUGCUGCCCUACCUGUGAUGUGGAUAUCAACACUUGGGUACCAUUUUAUUCAACUGAGCUCAACAAACCUGCCAUGAUUUACUGCUCUCAUGGAGAUGGGCAUUGGGUCCAUGCCCAGUGUAUGGAUCUGGCAGAAAGCACACUCAUCCAUCUGUCAGAAGGAAGCAACAAAUAUUAUUGCAACGAGCAUGUGGAGAUAGCAAGAGCACUGCAAACCCCCAAAAGAGUUCUACCCUUAAAAAAGCCUCCACUGAAAUCCCUCCACAAAAAGGGUUCUGGGAAAAUUAUUACUCCUGCCAAGAAAUCCUUUCUUAGAAGGUUGUUUGAUUAG